AUGGUAAAGGACACUAAACUUUAUGAUAUUUUGGAGGUUGCUCCCAAUGCCUCAGAAGCAGAAAUAAAGAAGGCUUAUAGGAAACUAGCACUCAAAUAUCAUCCUGACAAGAAUCCAGAUACGGGUGAUAAAUUUAAAGAAAUUGGACAUGCAUUUGAAAUUCUUUCUGAAAGAGAAAAGCGAGAUAUUUACGAUCAAUUUGGAGAAGAAGGUUUAUCAAAUGAUGGAGGAAUGGGUGGAAUGUCAGCCGAAGACCUUUUCUCAAGCUUUUUCGGUGGAAAUGUAUUUGGAAGAGGUCCACGCCCGGGACCACGAAAAGGCAAAAAUUUAAAACAUGUACUCAAAGUAACUUUAGAAGAUUUAUAUAGUGGAAAGACUAGCAAAUUAUCUCUUAACAAAAAUGUAAUUUGCUCAAAGUGUGAGGGUAGAGGUGGUAAAGAAGGUUCUGUCAAAAAAUGUUCAACUUGUGAUGGUACUGGUGUAAAAAUUAUCAUGAGAACCUUGGGUCCUAUGGUACAGCAAAUUCAACAGUCCUGUCCUUCAUGUGGAGGUGAAGGUGAGGUUAUUCGUGAAAAAGACAAGUGUAAAAGCUGUCAAGGUAAAAAAAUUGUUAAUGAACGUAAAGUACUUGAAGUUCAUAUCGAUAAAGGUAUGAGGAAUGGUCAAGAGAUUACAUUCAGUGGUGAAGCAGAUCAAAGUCCUGGUAUUGAACCUGGUGAUGUGAUAAUUCAAAUUGAAGAAAAACCGCAUGAACGUUUCCAACGUCGUGGGGACGAUCUAUAUUUUACAGCAAAGAUAGACCUUCUGACAGCAUUGGCAGGUGGUCAAUUUAUGGUUAAACAUCUUGAUGAAAAGUAUUUGGUGGUCAAUAUUGAUGCGGGUGAAGUUAUAAAACCUGGACAAUUAAAAUCUAUUCCUCAACAUGGAAUGCCAUCAUAUCGUCAUCACGACUAUGGUACACUCUUUGUACAAUUUGAGAUAGAAUUCCCGCCUUCUUAUUGGACUGAUAAACAAAAUAUCUUGUCACUCGAGAGUAUUUUACCCGCGCGGCAACCGUUGCCAAUUCCUAAUGAUGCUAACACAGAAGAAGUUGAAUUAAUGGCAAUGAACGAUGAACAACAACGUUCAGCAUCAACUCAUAUGAAUGGUGCUGAAGAUGAAGAGGAGGGUCAUGGCCCAAGCGUACAAUGUGCUCAACAAUAA